AUGGCGAAACUCCAGAGAAGUCAGGUGAUAUGUGAGAGUGAACCAACACAUGCUGGGCCAGACAAAGUAGGGGACUCACAUGGACAGUCCAGACUGGUCCACCUAACGUCACACUGGGCCUUCCAGCUGGUCAAUGACUCGCUGGCCUUCUCCAGGGCUGACAGCUUCUGCAGAGGCCAGUUCAGCUCACUUGCCACCCUAGACCAGUCAGAUGACCAGGAAGGAGCCCUGGAGCUAUUGCGUCAGGCUGGACUCCACUCGCCUAUCUGGAUCAAGGAUCCCAGUAAAGCAGCCUCCAAGCCCCUGGCCCUCUCCAAGCAGUAUUUACAGUUCUCAGCUCUUCAUUUCCCAAAGGAAUCUAGUGAGGGCUUUGCUCGUGUAAACAUUUCCUUCCCCGCCUUAUCGUCCAUUAGUGUGUGUGUUCGUGUUCAGUGGGACCCAGAGUGGAAUGAGGUGUCCACCAUCUUCUCCUACGCUGCUCCCGUCUUCACAAAUGAGUUUCAGCUACGAGGCCAAGUGGACACGCAUGGACGCAUCCUCUUGGCGCUCAUCAUCCACGGGAAGCACCUGCCAUAUAAGGCAUCCUUCCCCAACGAUGGAGCGUGGCAUCACAUCUGUGUUACGUGGCGCCACAGCAGCGGUCGCUGGGCUAUCUAUGUGGACGGAGACAAUAAGGACAGGGGCUCAGACACAGACAAUUCUAGGGAUAUCCAUGCCGAUGGGAUAUUCAUCCUGGGCCAGGACCAAGACUCCUUUGGAGGGAAUUUCACAGAGCCCUUUUCUGGGAAUAUUACUGACUUGAACGUUUGGAAUACGUCCCUGGAAAUGAGGCAUGUUCGUGCUCUCAACGCAUGUUCACCGAUGACCCAGGAAGUGCUUUUCAACUGGAGCCUUGACCACCUGAGCAGGCACCCAGUGGUGAAAGAGGUGCAGGCCCUUCUGUUUUGCCCAGCGGUGCACCAGCAGAUGGAGCUGCAGGGCUGCAGGAUGCUGCAGAGCUGGUCAGAUCAGCUCCCAUUGUUCAGCCUGACAGACUGCUCUGAACCACUGCCCUUCAUCUGCAGGAGCAGCAGAGAACGUUAUCUGAAGAUGAAGCAGAUGAGUGAUGCCCAAAGCUCUCAGCCCUCUGCCUUCAUGAACCAUCUGUUGAACCUCUCCAACAAAAGCCAGGGAGCAGGAGUGGUGCUUGGGCAGCAGCCGUUCGGGCUGAGCAGCUUGGCUGAGGCGUCUGCCCUGCUGGACGUCUCUGUCCAGGCCAUGGAGGACACUCAACAGGAAGGCCUGCAGCCAGCAGAUAUGGUGUCUCUCAUCCAGCUGUUGUCUCUGGCAGCUGACGUCCCCACACAGCCACAUUCUGAUGCCGCCAACCACAGCCGGGACAGCAUCCGAGAGCUCGGCCAGCGCUUUAUCAGUGUGGCCGACACCAUCAUCAGCCAGGAGAACGCCUUCAAGUGGAACGCCAUCAAGGAGGUGGUGAACGGCCCCAUGGAUGUGGUCAAGAGUAUUGACCGGAUGGUGAACAGCCUGAGCCCUCACUUGAUGGCAGAGACUGAUCACCUAUCCAUACAAAGCCCCAACAUAAAACUGGAGGUGCAGCAGCAGAGACUGCAGGAAGGAUCCAGGGGCUCAAGCUUCUGUGGGCCUGACACAGAGAAACACACCAACCUAGACUGUAUUUCAGUCCCAUAUCAGAAGAUACAGGAUCUCCAUAACAACGGCUUCCAUAAGCUCACGUUGGUCAACACGUGGUACGGCUCUCUGCAGACUCUUUUCAAUCCUGAAGAGAACAUCACCAUGGUUCCUACCAUCACUGAUGGCAGCCAGAGGUAUUUGGGCACCGUCCUAGGCUCUUCUGUCAUAUCCACCACAGUGCUGGGAGACGACCAGCCAGUCGCCACAGCAGUUCACUUCCAGCUCCGGCACAGAGCGCAGAAUUUCACUGGUAUGGUGUAUGAUCCAGUGUGUGCCUUCUGGGAUUUUAACCUCACUCCGGAGGCUGGUGGGUGGUGGAAUACCAAAGGGUGUGAGGUUUUGUCCAAACAAUAUGGAUACACAGUGUGCUACUGCAAUCACACCACCAAUUUUGCAUUGCUGCUACAGGUUUAUGAAGCCCAGAGGAGCCCAGAGAACGAAAAAGCUCUACAGGUGCUGACGUUCAUUGGCUGUGGAGUGUCUCUGUGUGGCCUCCUCUUCACCUUCAUCCUCUUCAUCGCUGUUGGGGUCCCUAAAUCAGACCGUACCACCGUCCACAAGAACCUGAUUGUUGCCCUGGGCAUCGCUGAGCUGCUGUUGAUGUGCAGCAAUUGGGCGUCUGAUAAUGAGGCGGCGUGCUUUGUGGUGACUGCACUCCUUCAUCUCUUCUUCAUGGCUUCCUUCUCCUGGAUGCUGGUGGAGGGCCUGCUGUUGUGGAGCAAAGUUGUGUCAGUCAACAUCAGCGAGGACCGCAGGAUGAAACUCUACUACAUCAUCGGCUGGGGACUACCCGUUCUGAUAGUCGGUGUAACACUGGCUGUAUCAGUGGACAAGUACAAGGCAGAUGAUCACUGCUGGCUCAAUGUGAAGACCGACACAAUCUGGGCUUUUGUGGGACCGGUUAUAUUUGUCUUGGCGGUCAAUGCGGUUGUGCUGUGUCGGGUUGUCAUGGUGACCGUUUCCAGCGCUCGUCGCCGCGCUAAGAUGCUCAGUCCAAGCUCGGCGUCAAAGAUGCAAACCUUUGACCUCACCUGGGCGGUGACGCGGCCGGUUCUCAUCCUGCUGCCUGUCCUGGGUCUGACCUGGCUGUGUGGAGUUCUGGUCCAUCUGUCUGUAGUAGUUGCCUAUGUCUUCAUCGCUCUCAAUGCCUUCCAGGGCCUGUAUAUAUUCCUGGUUUAUGCUGUUUACAACAGUGAGGUGAGGAAUGCUAUAAAGAGGAUCAAAGAGAAGAGAAAGGCCUUAUCGUUCACGAACUGUUCUCAGCCAACCAGCUUCCUACCUUCCCAGAGGGCCCCCAUUAAGUCCUGGGGCUGCACUCCACCGACCCCCUCCAGUCCUGAGACCAGUGAGACCUCUGGACCCCCCAGCUUCACCUCCAAUUCACUGGUCAUCAAGAACGAGAGUUUCAGAAAGGAGAGCUUUGUGAGUUUUUCUCUGAAAGCAGCAUCGGGAAACCAAGUGGUGCAGCUGACUGGGUUCAAGCCAUCAGGUUUUCCCCUGUGUGACUGCUGUCAGAGCAGUCAUACAGGAGAAUAG